AUGGCCGCAUGCCACUGCUUCUCACUGUGCAACACAACCGAGGUGCACAGCUUCCUGACGCUGCGACCCGACACCGUUGUUGACGAGAGCAGCGUUUGGUUCGCCUACCUCUCUCACGUUUACGCGGGACCGCCGGCGCUCCCGUUUGACCUGUCAAGGCUCAACUUCUUCUAUGCCAACGACCACGCAUGGCCUCCGGACGUCGAGUGGCCGAUGUCGCCGUGCAGGUGGAACGACCACGGCGACGUCUUGAGUUCGAGAAGCCUGCCCCGGCCGCUUUGUCCCGCCGCGCAGUGCGCGCGCUGGACCUCGAACGCUCACAACACGACUCGCCGGAGGAGUCACAGUCUGGGGUGGCUGAGCUGGGUGCCUCUGCCGAAUCUAGACGGCGGCACGCGCGGCACCGCAAUCUUUGCCUACCCGUUCGGUCACGGCGCGGCGGCGGCGUCGGAGUCGACGGCGAUCGCGCGUACGAGACACCUGCUGGGGCACGAGGCGUACGUCGACGGGGAGUGGCUCGAGGCGAUCGGGCUAUACCUCGGCCGCGGCCCGGUGAUCAGGACCGACGACCGCGGGUACUGGCAGAACCGCGGGCGCUGGCUCGAGGGUGCCAACGAGUACGGCGUCUGGUUUUACAAGGCGGCGGGGAGCGGCAUCUGGCUCAACGCUGGCCGAACACACACCAUCUUUCACCGGCUCCGCCCAAACAGCUCGCUGGAGAGGCGGUGGCGGGCGGAUGCUCUCAUCAACCACACCGCGCGCGAGGUGCAGUGGCGCCGGGCGCCGCGGCGGGGGGAGCACUUCCCGAUGCUUGGCGCCGACCUCAACCUCGACACCGUCCAGGUCCAGUUCCGCGACGUCUCGUGGAGUAGCAGCCGGCCGUAUGCAGAGGUGGUAUGUACCGCUCCCGGCUGCAUGCAUGCGCCGGCGGCGCAGGCGCCCGCGCCGAUCGGCGCGUGCCCUGCCGUCGUGGAGUUGCGGCGGGGCUUCGCGCACUCGCUCCCUUGCCGCUGCCCCGCCGUUGGCACGUUUGGGAGGACGGUGAGGGGCAGGGUGAGGGAGGAACCGACGCUGCGGUGCGCACCGGUCAAUGGCACCCUUCGCCACGCCCUUCCCCGCCUCGCUGCAGCCCACAGCCACACCAGCGCGAGCGCAACGGAGUCCGGUGUUGUCGUCGACCAGCGCGAGCCGAACCUGAACGCAGCCUCGCCGCUGCGCUCGUCGGCCGCCACCACGACCUCGUCCUGCGCGGCGGCACUGCAGGGCGCCUCUUGGGGCUAUGGCGGAUACCUGCACUCGAUCGUGCAGCGGCAGGCGGCCUUUGCCCUCGAGGGCCGCGUCGCGCGUCCACUGCUGCUGCACGCGGCGAUGCGCGGCGACGCGGCAUGGCGGAGGAUGGUGCUGCAGAAGUGGCGGCCGAGCGCUGCAAGCGGCGUGCUCAACACGAGCCACCAGCACGCGGAGGAGCGGGCGGGCUUCAACUGUUCGCACCGCUGCCGGGGGCGGCACCUCGACUGCUUUCUUGAGCACUCGCCGACGAGCCCCAACACGUCCUCGCCGGAGCCGCCCUGCACGACAUCCCCGCGAAGGAGGCGGGAGCGCGUGCACGGCAAAGUCUCCUCCGCAGCUGUCGGCCCGCUGAGCCCGCCGGCGGUUGUGAGCACGAGCCCGCCGGCGCCGGAUGCUGCGCGUCACGAGGCGGACGCGCGCGGCGUGCUCCGUGGCGAGUUCUGGGCGGUGGCGCGCGCAGUCGAGCGGCUGCUGCGCCCGACGCCGUGGCUCGCGCAUCGUCUCGAGCGCACGGCCGCGCGCGUGGGCCUGCGCGCGGCGCCGCGCCCGUGGCUCGCAAUGCACCUCCGCCGCGGCGACUCGUGCCGCGACGGGCGGCGCUCCGGGCGCGUCUGCGCCAACGGAACCGUGUACGCCGCGGCCGCGGUGGAGAUGCAGCGGGCGCACGGCUUUCGCUCGCUCGUGGUGGCCACCGACUCCGCCGCCGCGCUGGCCGAGCUCGAGGGGGCGCUGCCACGCGCGGGCUGGCGCGCCGAAGCGACGCGGGCUGAGGUGCAGACGGAGGCGCGGGCGGAAGAAGGGCGCGCGGAGAAGUUCGGCGGCCGGGGCGCGGCUCCGCGCUUGCGCGUGCACGGCCUGCUCGCGACGGGGAGCGCGGCGCGCGACUCCUGGCAGCACGCGGCAGCCAAGGUGCGCAUCGAGGCCGAGUGGGCCGGCGGACGGCUAGACCCGUGGAGUGACUUCGAGGCCGUCUUGCUCGACGUGCUCACGCUCGCCGGCGCGGACGGCUUCGUCGGCAAGUACACUUCCAACCUCGACCGGAUGGUGCUCGAGCUCAUGGCGGCGCGCCGCGGCGUGAUGCCGCCGCACAAGUCGCUCGACGCGCCGUGGUGCUUUGGUGGGAUGGGGCGCACGCCGCACACGGCCAAAGGCACGUUUGUCUGCCACGCGCCGCUUGCGGGCACCGAGGCGGCGGUCGAGCGCGCGGCGCAGGAGGAGGCGUUGCGCGCGUGGGCGGCGCGCGAGCCGUCGCGACGCGCAGCGGGUGCAGAUGCGCAGGCGUUGCUUGUGGCAAAUGAGCGGGAGCACAUCACGAUGGGUCCCCCGCCUUCGCGCUUUGUGUCGAGCGAGCUGCAGGGGCAGAUCCUGGCCAUCAAGACGUCGGCGCGCGUCAGCUUCGUGCGCGACCUCUCCGAGCAUGCGCAGCGCGACCUCGGCGUCCACGUUGACCUUUGGAGGAGUUCACUCGAAUUGUCAAAGGCUUGCAUGUUAGCUGCCUUUGGCUCGUACCACCUCACCGCCGAGCCGUCCACGCACUGGGGCUGCGCGGACCUGUGCGGACCAAACGCCACUCUCGCAUGCGUGCAAAGCUCGGAGGAAAACGAGUACGUGGCGCGCCUCGCCGCCGAUGCGGGCGUGACUUGGUUCUGGAUCGGCAACUACCAGCGGCCCGCCGAAGCGGAGCCCGGCGGCGGCUGGGACGUUUGCCAGUCCGGCGAGACGGCAAACUUUGUCAAUUGGGACAAGUUUGAGCCAAACAAUUAUCGCGGCGCAGAAGAGUGCGCCCUUAUGAUCGAUGGGUUGUGGCACGACGGCCAUUGCUACCUUGAGUUCCCCUGCCUCUGCAAGUCUGGCGCCAACCCCUCCCCAGAGUACAUGGCCUUCGCGGAGGUGGAGCGCGAGCGGGACAAGUCCCUUCGCGCUGCGGCCCCCGUCCUGCACUACAUGGCGCUUGCUCUCUGCUCUGCCGUGUCCGGGCUCAGCCUGGUCUGGGCGCUGGUCUGCCUUUUCCGAGACGUGCGGCGAAAGCACGAGCAGUCUGCGGGUGCGGGCCUAGAGAUGGUGCAGAGCGACGCGGGGCUUGGUCCGCACGACCAGCGGGUGCACGCCUCGCUCCUUUCUUGCGACGUCAUGCUGCUCCGCUGCAGCUGGCUGCGCUCGCGCCCACCCGGCUACGUGCUGCCGCGCCGGCAGGACCUGCCACCAGAGGCGCUGUUUCCGCCCAAGGAGGCGGCCGCGCUCUUUGCUCGGCAGGACCGCAGCGCGUGUGCGCUCACCUACGGCUGGUCCACGCCACACCACCCCGACCCAAGCGGCGAGAACCUGCAGCACAUCGUGUCCUUCCUGAACUCGCCCACUGGGCAUGAUUUCGUCGCGCUCUUCUGGGACCAAGCGAGCUUGAAGGAUGCUGCUGGCGUGCGCACCGACGAGGAGGCCAAGAUCUUUGCCGCGUCGCUCGCGGUGAUGGCGGGGCUGUACGCGAGCCCCCGUUGCGUGACAGUGCUGCGGCUGACCAACAUCCCAGAGCCGCCAGAGUGGGGCAAGCGCUCCGUCUGCCUCUUCGACUUGAAGAAGGGCAUCGGCGAGCAGGCGAUCCUCGCGGCGCUUGGCAGCUUUGGUGCGAUCGAGACGUACGAGCUGGACAUAGCUCCUGCGAUCGUUCGAUUCACCACGCGCGAAGCGGCGCUUGCCGCCGUGGCGGCUGGCGCAGAGCAGCUGUGCAAGGGCAUCGGCAUGCUGUACAACAUGCGGCCGUACGAGCAGCGCGGCUGGUGCCACGGUGAGAGCAACUUCGCGAAGAUCAUCCUCGGCACGCAAAGCGAGCUCGGGCUGGGCAGCGCGGGGCACGCGCCCAAGAUGAUCGACGUGCUGGACGAGCAGCCUGUGACCCUUACGAGCGCGCCCGCGCCCGACGCGUUCAGGGCUCAGUUUGAGGAGACGGUGGAAGGGAGCGAGGAGCGGGUCAUCGCCUUCACCGGCAAGGGCGACCAGGACAAGGUGGUGGAUAUGUACGUCAGCUAUUACACGUCGGUCGUGUUCGAGGAGCGCGCUCGGCAGCGGAUGCGGGAGCAGCGCGCCGCCGCGGACAGGCGCAAGAGGCGCGUCCGCCUCGUCGCCUUUGGCGGGGGGCUGGCCGUCUGGUUGGCGUCACUCGCCGUCCUCGUCGUCGGGACUCUCCUAAACAGCUUGAUUGCUCCCACCAUCAUCAGCAUCAUGGGGUCAGCUUUCGUCUGGGGAUUACUCUUGAUGCUCCUCGCCGUGCUGCCCACGGACGAGGACCUUGUCCGCGGGCUCUCCGUCUAUUUGGUGCUUCUGCUGCUGCUUCUCGGAUGGCUGUGGGGUGGAGUGCUAGGAGCGUUCGCCGUGAGCAUUGCUGCGGCCGAUUCGUCCUGGCCGUUCUAUCUCUCUGGCGCCGCCAUCCUCCUCACCGCCCUCGCUCUCCGCCCCUCCGCCCGCCGCUACUUGCAAGCCCGCCUCGCCCGCCUCGGCGCCUCCGGCGGAGGCGACGACGCGCAGCUGGCGGCGCUGGCGGCUCUCUCCGGCGGCGGCGAGAAGGCGCUGGCGCGCGCGCAGGCGGCCUUCCGCCUGCUGCCCUUUGACCAGCUUAGAGGUGCGGAUGAGCUGCCGGGCGGGGGCGUGGCGGGCGGCGCGGGCGUCGCGUUGCGAGAGCGUGCGGUGGCCGCCAGCCUGGGAGCUGAGCAUUCGGUCUUUGUGAGCCACUCCUGGCACGACAGCCGCGAGGGCAAGUGGGCGGCGCUUCAGCAGUGGGCGGUGAGCGACACGGCGAAGCGGGGCACGGCGCCGCUGCUCUGGCUGGACGCCGCGUGCGUCGCCCCCGAGGACGCGGGCGCGCUCGAGCUGCUGCCGCUCCUCGUCAGCGGCUGCCAGCGCUUCCUCAUCCUGGCGGGGCCGACCUACGCGAACAGGCGCGCGCGGAAGAGGCCGUUGUGGUGCGUGGUCGAGCUCUUCUGCUUCCUCAAGAAUGGAGGCGACAUCGACCGUGUGACCGUGUUGCCCGUCGUCGAGGCCAGCAACGAGGCGGACGAGGCGGCGGCGGACGCGACAACAGCGCUGCAGCGCGAGCUCGGGCGGUUCAGCGUGGAGCGGGCGCGCUGCUCGCAGGAGCGGGACACGCAGAAGCUGCUCGGCUGCAUCGCGGCUGGGUUCGGCAAGUACGAGUCGUUCAACCAGGUGGUGCGCCGCAUCUUCUCCGACCAGGCGAGCUCCAUCUUUGGUGUUGCAGGCCCUCGAAUGCCGUUCGAGCUUGAGCCUUUGGAGAUGGAGGAGCAGCUGAGGCACGCAGCACACGUCAUUCAGCGGCACGUCCGCCACUUCAUCGCUUGA